UGUUUGCAUCAGAGGUUACCAUGAUUGAACUUGGAGCAAGAUUAACAGUUUUAUUCUGUAUUGAACAACUGUACUGACUGUAGAUAUGUACUGAAUAUACAGAUAUUGAGGAUAAUACGGCACUAAGGAUAAAGAUACUGAUGUUAAUACCACUGUAAUGCAUUGUUUAAUCAAACACAGUGAUGGUUGUCCGAAUGUUAAUGAUGAGAUUCAAACGCAGGUUCUCGUCAGCCUUGCUGUUCGGACUCCUUGCUGUUAUUUCACUACUGAUACUUCUUACAUUUUGCCAUACACCUUGUGAGGUAGGAGGGGAAAGGGAGAUAAACAUUAGUGAAUUAUCAAACAACAAUGUAGAGUUAAUAUUUGCCACAAAUUUACUUAUUGUUGUAAUGUCAGCUCCAACACACUUUGAUGUUAGGAAUGUAAUAAGAGAAACAUGGGCUAACACCUUGCCAAAUGGUGCAUCAGUGAGAUUUGUGGUUGGUCGUAAAAACCUCCCUGAGCAGACCUUAGAAAAUGUAAAACAGGAGAAUAAAGUAAAUAGGGAUUUAUUAUUGCUAGAUGAUAUUGAAGAGUCAUAUAGUAGUUUGACUAAGAAAUUAUUGUCAACAUUAAAAUGGGUAGAUAAACAUGUGAAAUAUAACUUUCUAAUGAAGGUUGAUGAAGAUUCAUUUGUACGAGUAGAAAACAUUUUAGAAGAACUGCUGGCGAAACCGCAAGAGAAACUGUAUUGGGGUUUCUUUGAUGGUCGUGCCCAUGUUAAAAGAUCUGGAAAAUGGUCGGAGAAAGAUUUUGUUCUAUGUGACCGUUACCUGCCAUACGCUCUAGGAGGAGGAUAUGUGAUCUCAAAAGAUUUAGUAACUUAUGUAGCGAAAAAUGCAGAUAUAUUAAAACAGCUCAAUAACGAAGAUGUGUCCCUCGGUACUUGGUUAGGACCUCUUGAUAUAAACAGAAUUCAUGAUGUGAACUUUGACACUGAAUAUAAAUCUCGUGGAUGCUACAACUCGUAUCUUGUCACUCAUAAAAAAUCUGCGGAUGAGCUACAGGAACUGCAGAAAAACUUAGGAAUGCUUGGGAGAUUGUGUGCCAAAGAGAAUAGAGUCAGACUUUCAUAUAAUUAUAACUGGAAUGAUCUUCCUACAAAAUGUUGUGAGAGAACAGAUCCCGCAAUACCAUAGAACAAUAAAAGCUAUGCUAAAGUAUAGGACAAUAAAAGCCAUGCUAGAGUAUAUUACAAUAAAAGCCAUGCUACAGUAUAUUACAAUAAAAGCCAUGCUAAAGUAUAUUACAAUAAAAGCCAUGCUAAAGUAUAUUACAAUAAAAGCCAUGCUAAAGUAUAAAACAAUAAAAGCCAUGCUAAAGUAUAUUACAAUAAAAGCCAUGCUAAAGUAUAAAUCAAUAAAAGCCAUGCUAAAGUAUAUUACAAUAAAAGCCAUGCUAAAGUAAAAAGCAAUAAAAGUCAUGCUAAAGUAUAUUACAAUAAAAGCCAUGCUAAAGUAACAAUAAAAGCCAUAAAAGUAUAGGACAAUACAUGUUAUCCUUAAAUAUUAAGCCAAUCAAGGAGUGCCAUAGAAUUAGACAAGCUAAAUUAUAAAGUCAAUACUUGUAAAUAUCUUUCAUUUCAUCCAUUAGUAAGUAUUUUCUUUGACUUUUUUGCAUUUCACCACAUACUUUUGUUGAUCAGACAUUGACUUAGCUUACAUGUGAACCAGUUACAUGUAUAUAUAAGUGAUAGAUGUCGGGAUGGAGAAGGUUUAUCUGGUGAGGGAGAAAGUGUAGUUUGACGAGCUUUAGCGAGCCAAGAUUCACUUUCACAGCAAACCAGACCUUCCUCUAUCCCAACAUCAACCAUGUAUUUGAUUUAUCCUGUUUUGUCUACUUUAAUCUUGUUUUACAUUAUCAUUCUUACUUUUCCCUGAUAAAACAGCGUAGAUGUAGUUUUGUUUUGCUGCAAAACAUGUGACGUCAUCAUGUGACAUAAUGACUUGAGAUAGAUAAGUUUAUCCGGCAAGGCUUUAUGUUGAAAGAUGGACAUGUCUUUUUAAAAUAUUUAUGUGUUGUUAUUUUGUUGAUUAUCUAGAAUGACUAGUAUUAGUUGAAUUAUUUAUACCUGGAAUGUUAUUGUUGUAACUAUUAAUAGAUAAAUAUAAUUGAGCCGCGUCACGACAAAACCAACAUAAUCUGUUUGCGACCAGCAUGGAUCCAGACCAGCCUGCGCAUCUGCACAGUCUUAUCAGGAUCCAUGCUGUUGGCUAUCAGUUUCUCUAUUUGUAAUAGAGUAUGUAAGCGAACAGCAUGGAUCCUGAUCAGACUGCGCGGAUGCACAGGCUGGUCUGGAUCCAUGCUGGUCGCAAACACAUUAUGUUGGUUUUGUCGUGAUGCGGCUCAUAUAUACAUGUAUAUAAGUAUUAUUUGAUCUUGUUUGUGUUUGAAGUGUAUACCUUAAAUAAACAAAAAUGGUGUGUUUAAAUUUUAAUCUUUAAAGCAACUGUUAUUAUACUUCUAGAUUUGUGGUUAUAUUAUAAAAAUUAAUAUCAGAAAAUUGUUCUUUUGAUGACAGGUGUUUGUCAAAAUUUUAUGUACAAUUUAAGUUAUUUAAGAAAGGAAAAUAAAUAUUACUUGUCAAAAUACACUUGUAUGGAGUAAUUCCAUUUAUUCUGAUACUAACAGUUUUUAAGUAGUAAAUAUUUUUCUUAAUUUUGAGGAGUGCCACUUUGAUAGGUUAUAUUAUUUUGUUUCAUUAAGCAAUGGCAAAUUUUAGACUCUUACCUAUUGCCUAUAAGGUUUUUGGGUUACAUAAUUUAUUUUGUUAUCCCCUGCCAAUAAAAUUGAAAUGGGGGAUAUCCCUACCAAGAAAUGGAAAAUGGGAUAUUGAAAAAGCAUUGUUUUUUGUCAGUCUGACCACGAUAAGACAUACUUGUUGCUAUGUGAAUAACAGACAACAGUAAAUUUUCAUUUGGUGCUAUUCACUCGGUAAAGUUUUAAAGGGUUUAAGUGUCCAAGUGCCAUUUUGUUAGAACUACCUUAUGCUCAUCUGUCCAUAGCCAUAUCUGAAAAUAUCUCUGUCCAAUUUUUUCUUGAAAUCUUGCAAUAAAGAGGUAAGGAUCACCAAGUUUCAUACAUUGUACAAAUACAUUCAGGUAUUUUUCAGUAAUGGCCUUAUAAAAUAUUUUU